CAGCUUGACAUCUCGAAUUGAAGUGUCCGCAUCGCAACAAUAGCAAUGGGCUCUUACGAGGAGGCUCGACAGAAGCAGAUCGCAAAGAACAAGGCUUUGUUUGAAGAGCUUAAACUUCAGCAUGCCGGGGAGGUGCUGCAAGGCUCCCGAACACAUGCCAAGACAGACCAUUCUCGAGCAAAGCGACGGAAGCUCGAAACCAAAUCUAAACUGCCACAGCGGAGCUCCGCUCGACUCGCUGGGGCAGAAGCCAAGCCAGUCUACGUGGAAGAUGAGCUGAUCUCGUCCGAGGGGCGUCCCAUGCUCAGGCAGAAAAGCAAGCCCACAGUGACAACCGCCCCACACGUGGAGGGACCACGGCGAAGCGGAGAUGAAAUCAAAAGAUUGAGAGAGCAGUGGUCGAUGUGGAAACCGACAGCGGAACUUCCCGAACGAGACGACGACGGGACGUUUCACUUCGAGGAUCAUCCGGACUUUCUGCCCAACAAGUCGCCGGCGGAGAUGAUGCGAGAAGGAUGCUUUGGCGGGACGUAUUGGCGGCCGCUCUAUUCCAAAGCGCUCGGCAUCACGGUUGAAGAUGACUGGAAGGAGCUUCCGGCUGAUUGGAUCGAGGGGCUGGACGUAAAAAAGUAUCUGACCAGCGCCGUGUACGACGCCGAAGUCAACAAAUUUGGCGUCGCGGCCGGUCAAUCGAUCGAGGCGUGGGAAGCGGCUGGGUGGAUCGACCACGAACACGAUGUGCGCGGGUGGUUUCAGUGGUACUGCCGAUUCUUCCAAGGCCGCCGCUGCGAGGACGACGAGAGGCAGAUCAGCAGGUGGAAGAAAUGCGUGGGCGAAACCGGCCGGUGGCGGAGGACUCUGCUGAAGAAGUACGAGGCGGCUGGGAUCAGGAGCGUCAUGGACGAAGGCGAAGACGACGUCGAAGGUGUCAGCCCCGUCAUCCAUCAGACUUGUCACCACUGGGCGUGGGAGGUCAGGCAACACGUGCUCGACGCAUGGUGGAACAGGACGUGAAAAAAAUGUACAGAAAAAAGGCGUCUGAUUCUCUACGUUCUACGACUCAUAGCUCCUGCGGCCUCCGCGUCACCUUGACGAAGAAGUCGGACUGCAAGAAGAUGCCGUGGCUGGUGCUCUUGAGCGGCUUGGCCGGGUUCAGAAUGGAGAUGUUGAAGCGCCUGAGCAGCUCCACGAAGACCUUGUUCAGCUCCAUGAAGGCUACGGGCUGCCCGAGACAUUUGAACCGGCCGUAUCCGAAGGUGAACUCCUUGUUGCGCUCCAUCAGCUCAAGUCGUCGUCCGGAAGCCUCAAUCCACCGUUCGGGCCUGUACACCUCGAAGUCGGGCCCGUACACGGCUUCUUCGCGACCAAAGGCCCAAGCAUUGUGUCCAAUGAACGUCCCACCUGGAAUCUUGUAACCACACACUUCGUCACCUUCGUCAGGUACCUGCUUCAGGGAUAUACCGACAACCACGGGCCACAGCCUCAAGGCCUCUUUGAUGCAACCUUGCAGAUAGGGCAGCCUUCUUGCUUCUGCAUCCUUGAUUGGAGAGGAGAUUCGGCCUUCCUUGAUCCCGACGUCGAUUUCGUUGAUCAAUUUGUUGUAUAUGGCCGGAGAACUGAGCACGUAUAGCAAAACAACUCUCAUGAUCGUUGCCGACGUGUCUGCUCCCGCAAUUCUACGAACCG